UUCAAAAUGGCGUAGGAAAUCGACCAGGAAUCUACCACAAAAUGUUUCAUAAAAUAAGAUCCUUCAUCCAUGAGGCAGUUGAGGCUCUUGCUCCCGACGUCCCUCCUCAAGAAACCUUUGUUUUCCACUGGAAGGCCGUCACAAGUUAUUUCAUAGAAGCCACAGAUGAGAAGGUUCCAGUUCAAUCCACAAAUAUCCCAUAUCAUUUGGAACAAAUGUUAGAUAUUAUCAAGCAUGAGGAGGAUGACCCCUCCAGCGGAGGAACAACGGGACCUUGUCUGGAAUAUCUUUUGCAGCAUAAAAUAUUGGACACUCUUCACACUCUGGGAAGAGCAGAUUGUCCACCUGGGAUGAAACAAAAAGUACUGCUAUUUUUUGCAAACCUACUGGCCAAGAUGAAACAACCUCUUCUACCACACAUAAAUGUCUAUCGUCCAGUUCAUAGACUAAUCAGACUCUGUGGUGAGGUAAAAGCUGCACCAUCUGAAAACGAAGAAAUCCAUUUCCUAUGUGUUGUUUGUGCAAAGUUACGACAAGAUCCAUACUUAGUGAACUUCUUUCUUGAGACAAACUCUACUCCUACACCUCUUUUGUCUUCUCAGGCUGCUGAGCCGGCACUAGCUACAACUCCAGCAUCAACAGCAGAAUUAGAUUCCAUUUCUGGUCCUGUGAAGGCCCAAGGACGCGAUAAGCCAGAUUAUACACUGGUUAAUUCUCUACUUAACUUGUCAAAGAGUGAGGAUAGCAGAAUAGCAGUGAAGGCAUGUGAGGGUUUAAUGCUAUGUGCCUCCCUUCCUGAGGAUCAUGCAGCUACUGUAAUUAUCCUGUACACUCCAUUCUGCGAAGUUAUGGCAGACAGAUUGAAAGUAUUAUUUGAUGCCUUGCCAAAAACUAUGGAGCCGCUUGAUAUAUCUGCCGUUGCUGCCAAAUGGGGACUUGACCAUCAGAGUGAUGAUGAGGAUGUUUCAUCAUUCCCUGGCAAGAGACGGUUGAUAUCAUUUUUUUCAUGGUUGGAUUAUGUGGACCAGCUUUCCAAAGAGGCACAUAAGCUGGUGGCCAAAGCUUUAGCAGUAGGAGUAAGAGAACGAUUUCUACAGACAGUUAUUGAACCAGGUCUCAUUCAACAAUCAGAGCUUGGUAUUAUUACUACAACAGCUGUAUUAAGGAGAUGUGUGAAAGCUCUCACUUCACCUCAACUCUUACGAGAAAUGUGUAUAUUUUUACUUGGAGAGGAAAUAACACCAGAAACUGCAUCUCAUGCUGGAGAUCAUAAAAUACGACAGACUCUUAUUGAUAGAUGUGAUCACUUAUCUGAUGAGGUCAGUAUAGAAACACUAAAAUUGUUUGAGACAUUACUCAACAAACCCUGUGACAUGAUCUUAAAUAAUCUUGUACUUCGGAACCUGAAAAGCAGAAAGUAUUAUGCAGCACCCACAGUUACCAAUGGUGAUACAGCAAGUCAUGUACCAGCGGCAGAAAACCUAACAACAGUUUCACCAGCAACAGCACCUGUUAAAAAACUUCCACCAUCACCAACCUCACCCUCCACUCCCCCACUUACUCCAGAUGGGUUAGGACCGGUUCAGAUUGGUAAUGAUAUUGACAGAGAAGAAGUGGAACAAGUUGUAAAUAGUUUUAUCUCCCUAGUUCCCGAUGAAAUAAAAACAUCAGCACUAAUUGGUGAUGCAGGCUAUGACACAUAUUUGAGAGAUGCCCAUAGACAGUGUAAUCAGCGUGCUUUACAGACAGGUGCAUUUGGCUGGCCCUCAACCCCAGUGCCCCCUCAUGAUGUGGAAGAUAGUAGAGAGAACUUUUAUGAAGGGGCAUUCUUGAGUAUGCUCUUCAAGAAACUGCAGAGACUCCUAGACCAGCCAUAUGAUGUGAACCUUCAGGUUACAAGUGUAAUAGCAUUGUUAUCACAGUUUAAUCAUCCUCAACUGCAAGAAUUUCUCCUGAAUGCUUCCCUCACCCUGACACCAAACUGCCAUUCUCUUCAUUCAACUCUUCAAAAUGUUGUUCAAGAUCUGAGAGGUAGAGUACAAAGAUUACCCAACUUUCAGAGAAAUGUUGUUUCUGUUAGAAGACAACUGAUGGGCCUUGCCACAUCACCUGAGCAUAAAAGUCUUAGUGAAAGCAACCUCCUUGAAGCUGCAAUAGUACUGGAGGAAUUUUGCAAGGAAUUAGCUGCAAUUGCAUUUGUCAAAGCAACAGAGAGAGUACAAGGCCAAUGACAGGAUGUCUAUUAGAUUCCAUCAACACACAUGUAUAUAUCAAUAAAUAUAAAUCUAGAUAAUAUAUAUAGAUAUGACUUUGUUGUUUGGUGCCCUCAUCAUGGAAAGAUAUGGGACUAACCCUAUGGAUCAGAGAUGUGGAGAGUUAUGAGCUUACAGGAUAUGAUCAGGGGUUUUACACUGAGCUGGCUUUUUUUUCUGCAAAGUAAACAAAGAAAACAGAAAUCACCUUAAGGCUAAUUUAGUCCAAAAAUUAAAUUUGAAAUGAGUUGUUCAGUAAUAGUUACUGGUCAGAAGUAUGUUGAAAUGUGACUGAGUAUGCAUAUCGCAAGUUUAUUAGAUUUGGUAUCUGCUCUUUUCUGGGUGUCAUUUUAAGAAAAGUUGUUGAGGGAUUAUAUGUCUUCAUUCAAAUUGAUUGUUAAGCUUAUGUUAUGUUUUGUUUGAGGUUAGUAUGCAAGAGUAAUAAAUUGACACUUUGUAUGCACCAAAAUGAGUAAAUUUCAUAUAACUUCAGAAGAUCAAAUUUGCUUGCAAAAGUAUGUGAGAUUCCAGAAAUGUGAUACAACAAAUUUUGUAAGUUGGUUUCAAGUUUAAGAGUUUGGUCAAAAUUAUUUCUGUAUUAGGUUGAAAUAUUGUUGUGGUGGGGAUUCACUGGGUACCAGUGAUAUAUUUUACAGAAAACAUGGCUGUGAUCCAUAAUUUUAAACAAAGUAGAAAUGCCUGAACACUUAGAUGAGAGGCCUACAAGGAAAUAAAAUGAUAACUAAUAGUGAUUGGGAGUUGUGUCUAUUUUACAAUGAUUUCGGGAAAAAUGGAAAAAAACAAGGUAAAUUUUAACUUGUUGAAGAACUUAGUAGUAGUUGACAAAGAGUCCUUUCUUCAGUAUACUUAAAAAGUCUAGACUGAGUUAUAAAUUAUGGGGCUUAGUCUUUAGGGACAAGGCAAUGCAGUACCUCACCCAAAUACAAACCACUGUAAUAUGCUGGCUCCAGGUACUGGUCAACUCUUCAUUAACCUGGGUUGUGUUUUGCACAGUUACUACACCCUUUUCUUCCAAGUUUAUCAUCACAUUCUUAAUUUCUAGUAAUAAUAGGAUGGUUAUAUUAUUCUGUAAGAUGUCAGACUCAAAAUAUUAAAAAAUAGUAUUAGUAAAAAAGAUUAUCUUGAACACAUCUUGCAACUAUAUUACAAACUUCAACUGUUGGAGAUAUUUGCAAUAAAAAGUAUUCACUGGGAACAAGA